CGAACCGGGUGUUUUUGAUAAUAGCGUUAGCCAUCGCUGGGCAUGUGAGACGACUUGUGUCCCAUGUGCGGUGUACCGUUGUUUAUUUUGUCUAUAUUCCACUUUGAUCGAAUCAUCCACUUAUUCUAAUCAAUACCACAAUUUACACAAGGAGACAUUAUAAAUCUAAACAAUGAAGGGUCUUUUCUUAAAAUAAAUAGAGCGUUUAAUUAUUGACAAAACCAAAUUUAUUUCAUGUCAGAAAGUUUAGGUAGCUCAGUAUAUAAUAACAAUAAAUAAAUAGAAAUCGACAAACAACGCGAUAACUUUUUAUUUAUUUAUUUGGAAGCCUUUUAUCAAUUUCUUUUUUAAAUUGGAACAAGAAUUGAUCCGCAUCGGCGCGAAAAUUCUUUUCAGGGCUAAGAAUUAGCUUAUAUUAUAAAAUUAUUAUAUAAACAGAAAUUAAAAAAUAAAUACAUAGCUUUUAAUUGGAAUGAGGUAAUGAUAAAUUUUGUCUGGAACAAAAGCACCAAAAAAAACAAAAGCACCAAAUAUCUCUAUAUGGCUGUAUUUUCUGAAAAUGCAUUCAUAUUGAAAUAUCUAAUUAAAUUUCACUCGAGAAUAAAAUAAAAGCAUAGUAGAAACGUUUACGCUAUAUUUUUUUUUUCAAACGGUUACGCUAUUUAAUAGUGUGAUACUAACUCACAUCGUUGUCAAUUUACCUAAUUUCAAUAUUUUCAUGGUUAUCCUUAUAAAUAGAAAUGAAUUGUAGGGUACCCUUAACUUUAUUAUUUAACAAGACCCGUGGUUCAUGACAUGUGAAAACAAUGCGAUUGUACUCCAUUGAUCUGACUUUCUGUCUCUAUAAUAUAACACGAAGCGAGUUUUUAAAACUUGACAGAACACAAAAGACAAACUACACUCUUCAUUCUUAACUCUUGAAGAAAGACAAUGACGAUAAGUUCAAAACCCCAAUGUCUUCCCCUUUCUCUCCCGGUCAUUGACUUCUCGGUUCCAAACCUCAAACCGGAAACUCCCCAGUGGGACUCGGUUAGAGCCCAAGUCCGAAAAGCCCUAGAAGAUUUCGGAUGUUUCGAGGCCUUGUUCGAUGGAGCUUCAGUGGAGCUACGUAAGGCUGUGUUCGAGGCCUCACAGGAAGUUUUUGAUUUACCAUUGGAGACCAAACUGAGUGCAAAGUCAGAGAAGAAUCGUAACAAUGGAUACUCUGGUCAGGUUUCGGGUAUGCCUUUAUUCGAAGGCAUGGGCUUUGACGAUGUAGAUAAUCCUGAGGUUGUCAAUAAGUUGACUCACAAGGUUUGGCCUCAAGGGAACAUCACCUUCAGCAAUACUGUUCAGUCGUUUGCGGAGAAGUUAAUAGAGCUAAACGUGAAGGUGAGGACAAUGCUCAUGGAAAGUUUCGGGCUUGAGAAAUACGUAGAGGAACAUCUUACCUCAGCAAAGAACCGCUUUCAUUUAUUCAAAUACAAAGGACUUGACGAUAAUACAGAAGAGGAUGUAGGUAUUGACACUCACAUCGAUAGACAUUUCCUCACAAUACUUUGCCAGAAUGACGUAGUAGAUGGCUUGGAGAUCAGAGCCAAAGACGGUGAAGAGUGGUUCAAAGCUAAGCCAUCUCAAGACUCUUCUUACCUUGUUAUGGUACUGUUGAACGGUAGGGUACAUCCUCCGCUUCACCAUGUGGUUAUAACCGGGAAAAAAGAUCGAUAUGUGGCUGGACUGUUCUUGCGUCCUAAAGAAGGACUUAUUAUUAAUGCGCCUGAGGAGAUUGUUGAUGAUGAACAUCCUCGUCUUUAUAAGCCUUUUAAUUUUGAGGAUUACUUUAAGUUUACCUACAUAGACACCAAGAAGAGAGAUCUGCCUGCUCUCAAGGCUUAUUGUGCCCUUUGAAAAUUCGUGAUGCCUUUGCAAAUAAAUAAAACUUUGCCUCAUUUGAUCAUUGUGCACUUGUUGGUUUGCUCUUGAGUUGGUCUGUUGUUACCUUUAGGUUGCCAUGUUGACUCUUGAGCUUGUAAUAAAACCUAACUUUCAGAAGCUCCAUUAGUAUUAUUAUUUACAUCGAUUACAUGAGAGGAAGAAAUUUAAACAUGAUCUCGAGUACCAAAGAUUAAAUGGCACGAAUUCAUAAGCUUUUAAUCAAUCAGACAACAAAACAUGAACCUUAAAAGGAGAUAAAACUGAGGAUGUGUGUUGUUUACUUGAGCAAGGGAAGCAAUGAUCAAAUUAAACCCCAAGCGAGAGGAGAAGCUGAGUCAGCGUGGAAGUAAAGAACAUUCUCAUAGGGAUCAAUCAUAAUAACAGCCAGAUCAGUUCCGGAUUGCUACAAAACUGAUGUGAUCAGGUUUUAACCACUAAAUUCAGACUGUAAGUGCGAAGCAAGUAAUAAUAUUUAGGGAUCGAAUUCGCAUAGACCAAGGUUACACAACAAUUCUUCAAGAAUUGAGUCAAACUAAGAUAAAAGAUUAAAA